AUGAGUCAGAAAUGUGCAACUGACUCUGAGAGUGCAAGUGCCAAGAAAAAACAGCACAAAAGCAUAAUGUUGGAGCUUAAACUGGAUGUCCUGAAGCCAAUUGAAGCAGGGGAAUGCCAGAAUGGGGUCUGUAGAGCAUUGAAUUUGGCUGGGUCAACUGUUAGGACCAUAUUGAAAAAUAAAGACAAAAUACAAGAAUGUGGUAGAAUUGUAACUCCUUUGAAUGCUCUGAAACUCAGUAGGAGUAAGGGUCCAAUUAGGUUAGAAAUGGAGAGGCUGUUAAGUGUGUGGAUUGAAGAUACAACUCAAUGCUGUAUGCCCUUGAGUAUCCUGCUUAUUCAGAAGGCUAAGAGUCUGUAUGAUGAUUUACAGAAAAAUUUGCCUGAGGGGUCUACUUCUGAGCCCUUUUAUGCAAGUAAGGGGUGGUUCGAAAGAUUUAAGACAUACAGCAACUUGCAUAAUGUUUCUAUUCAGGGGGAGGCUGCUAGUGCUGACACCCAAGCAGCUUCCAGUUAUAGAAAUAAGCUUGUGGAAAUUAUUGAGGAGCGGGGUUAUAUGCAAGUCCUCAAUGCUGAUGAGACAGGCCUCUUCUGGAAGAGGAUGCCUUCUAGGACCUGCAUUUCCAGGGAGAAGUUGAUGCCAGGUUUUAAGGUGUCCAAGGUGACUUACUUUAUUGUUUGGUGGUAA